CCAGACUCCAGACUCGGUCUCCAGCUGGACCGCUCCUGUCACCUGUGACGCUCUCUCCUCUGAUCAGAGAAUCCUUGAGCAUUUUUGUGGUCUGGUCAGCGGUCAAAUGGCUGCAAAGUUCUGGGUUGUUUGAUAGCUUGAACAGCGAAGGGCGGCAACCUGCUGCAUGCAGAGAAAAAAAUUUCAGCUUGGACCUCAGAAAGAGUGCAUUGGAGAAGAAAGGUGCCACAUUUUGGUGACGCGGUUCUGUUUGUGUCCCCGCCCUGCUCUGCCGAUGGAACAUAAACACAGCAAUGAAACUGGAAGUACAUUGCUAAUCCAGUGGCUGUCGUUCCAUUUGUGCCUCAAUGUUGUAACUUGGUAAAACGGCAAGCCGCAAUCCUGUCCAUCAGCGCCUGAAAAGACCCUGCAACAAUGACGACAAGCACUAGCGCUUUCCUCACGUCCCUGUUUACCAACAUCGUGAUCUUUGCUGUGCUCUUUGUGGUCUUCCUGGUGCUCGUGAAGAGGGCCAGCCUCGCUGUCAUCUACUACAGCAAGAGAGUACUACAGGGUUCAGGGGCCCCUGAUCCAAAGUCUGUGGGCCCUUUCACAUGGCUGAGGGAUGCCAUUAGGGCGAGCGAUACGGAGCUCGCAGAGAGAGCGGGACUCGAUGCGCUGGUUUACAUCACGCUGUUCAAGACGGCGAUCCAGAUUUUCGGAGUGUCAAUGCUGUACUGCAUCAUCAUUGAGCUCCCAGUAAACGUGACUGGCGGCUACUAUGAAGACUUCAACUCCACUCCCGAUGUGGUGGCAGAUCCCAACAAACAGAUUCAGUUUACUGGUUUCGACAAGAUGAGCAUGGGAAACAUCUCAAAGAAGUCUGCCAGACUAUGGUGCCAUGCGUUUGCCUGCUACUUUGUCGCAAUUACCGCCUACUACUUCCUGUGGACCAACUACAAGAAGAUGUCAGACCUGCGAGCCCUGUUCCUGGGUGGUGUAACUAGAGCGGCGCCCCGUCAAUACGCCGUCCUCGUCACCGACAUCCCCGAAGCGGACGCCAAGACGCGCCACUCGCAAGUCGACAGCUUCUUCCGGAGGCUGCACCCAGGGACAUUCGAGUCUGCAACAGUGAUCUCAAAAUACGCCAAGGUGGAGAAGGUGUACCAGGAGAAGGAGAAGAUUCGCAAGAAGCUGGCCCACGCUGAGGCGGUCUACGCUGAGGCGCAGAGAAAGGACGUUGAGAAGGCCAAAAGGCCCCAGCACAAAGUGGGGUUCCUGGGGCUGGUUGGCAACAAGGUGGACACCAUUGACUGGUGCCGCGACCAGCUUGCUGCGCUGGGGGCCAAGCUGGCUGACGAGCAGGCCGCCACUACGAACGACAGGACGAUCAACUCCGCAAUGGUCUACUUCAAUUCCAGGGCCGUUGCGACUAUGGCCGCUCAGUCUGUCCAUGCGAAGAAGGCCGAGACGUGGCAGACGCAGGUCGCGCCGGAGCCGCGUGACGUCAUCUGGGCCAACCUGGGCAUCCCGUGGUGGGAGAAGUUCGUGCGGCAGAGCGCGGUCUACGGCAUCACGUUCCUCAUCGUCUUCUUCUUCAUGAUCCCCAUCACCAUCGUCUCCGGCUUCAGCACGCUCGACAACCUCAAGAAGUUUGCGCCCUUCCUCAAGUCGGUCUUCAACAUUUCCGCGAUAAGCGCGAUCCUGCAGGCGUUCCUCCCCCAGCUGGCCCUCAUCAUCUUCCUGGCCAUCCUACCCAAGCUACUCCUCUUCCUCACCGUAAAGGAGGGCAUCGCCUCCAUUGCGCACGCCAACCGCGGCACCGCCGGCAAGUACUACUACUUCAUGGUCUUCAACGUCUUCCUCGGAGUCACCGUCGCCGGCUCUGCACUCGGCCAGCUGAAGCAGAUGACCAAGAACCCGUCCGGCAUCGUGGAUCUGCUGGGGUCGUCCAUCCCGCAGCAGGCGACGUUCUUCAUCACCUUCAUCGCGCUCAAGACGUUCAUCGGCAACGGGCUCGCGCUCUCCCAGGUCGUGCGCGCAUUGAUCUACCUGGUCAAGCUCAAAUUCCUGGUCAAGACCGAGGAGGAGAAGCUCGCCGCGUGGGCGCCCGGCCAGUUCAACUACGGGGCCAACGUGCCGAACGAUCUGCUCAUGGUCAUUCUCGGAAUGUGCUACGCUGUUAUUGCGCCCAUCAUCCUCCCCUUCUGUGUGCUAUACUUCGGACUGAGCUACGUGGUCAAAAAGAACUUGGCCCUGGAGGUGAUGGUCCCCGACUACGAGAGCGGCGGGCGCAUGUACCCGCACAUCCACAAGCGCUUCCUGGCGUCGCUCUUCGUGUCGCAGAUCACGCUGCUGGGCUACUUCGGGAUCAUGCAGUUCACGGCGACGCCCGUGCUCAUCCCGCUGCCCAUCCUGACCGCCGUCUUCCACCUCUACACCAAGAAGAGCCUCGAGACGCGCUUCUCGUCCACGGCCAUCGAGGUCGCGCUCCAGGACGUGAAGGAGGAGCCCAGCGUCGCAGAAGUCACGGCCGCGUACACUCCCGAGUACAUGGUCAACGAAAGCGUUGAGACUGACAUUGAGGCGCCCCCCUCCAAGGCCCCGGAGAUCUACCGGGACUCGGAGCCUCUCACGAGCAACAGCCUGAAGUCUGCAUAACUUGUAUAUUGGAUCCUUCUUGGAUUCGUCGCGAGUUGAAAUAGCUUGCUAAUUAACCAUUUGUCAAGGGGAUGUGUACUAACGCGCUAAACUAAGCCUCGCUACUAGUACUGCCAUAUCGUAAUGGCGGAGUACGAACCUGACACGUAGUUGCUAGCUUGCUAAUGUAGGGGAAAGCUAACCUUUGUAGCUUCAAAACUUGGCCCUGUGCAUAGUAGACUUGAGGGCCCUUUGAGUUCAGCAUUUAGAGUUGCGGUGCCAUAGCAGUAUGUUCAGCACUAAGUUUAUUCCUUCCGUUAGGUCCACUAAUAAACAGGUUGCCAAGAGCGUCAAUGUCAAACUGAUGUGCCCACUGGGCGACUCCUGAAUCUGUAUCUAUUUUAUUCAUGCUAGCUGGUCGAUCAACAAUUUUCCGUUUCGACCAUCC